AUGAACCGCGUUGGGUGGUAUACUUAUCCUUACAACCCAUAUAUCCUCGUCGGGACAUAUCCGGCAUUCGUCCCCCAUCGCGGAGGCUCCAAAUACAUGGUACUGUCACCACUCACCCCGUCACCCCCGACCAUUCGAUUUUUUUCGCAGUGGGAUGCUGUCUCAGGCCGUAUUAUAGAAAUUCUGGACCGUGUAGGGACUCAGUGGGUGGCCGUCGAAUGCUUUGAGCGGCGCCAGGUGCACAACUAUAAGACUAGGGGCGAAUACGCAGAGAUAUGCGAGACCACGGUCCUUAUUACGGUGCAGGAGUUCCCGUACAUUGAUUCUGACUAUAAGAAGAUACUUCAUGAAUUCUACGAAUGCUCAGGAGGACUCUUCAUUGAGUUGCUGGAGGGAACUGUUUGGUGCGGCGCAACGGAGACUGCUUAUGGAUGGUCCAUCAACGAACAUGAUCUGCGCUUCCAAUAUGCCAUUGACGAUGGGGAUGAAAAGCUGUGGAGCCCCUAUGGGGGGUAA